AGAAAAACUGAAGAGCGUUACCAGAAGCAGGAAUGGUUGUGGCGUCGGCAAAAUUGAGCACAUGUGCGUACCGACACCAAUGUGGGAAAGUUCUGAGUAUUUGAGGGAAAACCCAAAAUCAUGCCGUCGGAGCUCUUCCUGGCCUGGAACAGCACCGCGGCAUGCGUGGCUCCGUGGAGGGCGCGGCGCACCGUGCAGCAUUACUCGCAGCGUGGAGAGUUCCAGUUCCCAAAUGGCAGCGUCAGGCAAGCUGCCUCCAAUCCCCCUCCCUCGGACAACCAGAAAGAAACAAACACCCAGCGCCCAGAUCCACACCAGCAGCAACCCAGAGCUCGAGUCUGAGGAUGAGACGGUUCCAGGGCCACAGAAAAGAGGAAAACCUCCGGGCAGAUGGGGGGGAAGGAGACCUCCAGGUUCAGGACACCUCCGCCCACCCACAUUCGGCCUGGCACCGAUCCUGCGGAAUCUCUCCCCAGCGCACAGUUUCUACACUGGAACGACUGAAGCUGACGCGGUGCGCCAACUCCCCCACCUUCGCGGGUCCCCUGGCAGGAGACCUGUCCUUGCCUUUCCGCCAGGGUGUGGCUGUGACUGAAGGGAGCGGCAUCCCUGAGCAGAGUCGGAGACAGAGAGAGGCGAGGGCCACUCCCAGCCCGGAAACUCUGCCCCGUAACUCCAGCCAAAGGAGACGCCGCAUAGGAGCGACUGUUCCGCAGCACCAUGCUGUAGGAGGGACAUUCCUCUGAUGCCCUGGGCGCAAACCCCUAGCCAGCCUACCACACUGCCAGGAUAACCCUUCUGAGACUUCCCCUAUUUGGGACAGGCCGCACUCCCACCUUUUACUGGAGACGAAGCGAACCUGGGUUUAGGGCGCCACCUAGAGUCGAAAAAAGGAAGCGACCUGGCCGCGAAGCUUCUCUAGGCAAGGAUGUCCGGUAGAAACCCGAACAAGCCAGACCGAGAAAACUGGAAUAAAUAACUAAUCCUUCAUUGUAAAAACACAGACGUAUACCCACAAAAAACACCAGCAAGCAGGAGACUAUGACCUACGCAAAAGGAGAAAGCAAAAAUCCAGUGACUGGCCCUAACGACAUGGCGAUUGGUGAAUUCCCUCACCAAGAAUUCAAAAUAGCGGUUUUAAGGAAACUCAGUGAUCUCCGAGAUAGCACACAAAAGCAAUUCAGAAACUUAUCAAAGUUAACAAAAUAUUCACGUAAUUUUAAAGACCAAACACAUCUUGAAACUGAGACGUUCAUUUGCUGAGUCGCUGAAAUUCAUUUGCUGAAGAACUCUACAGACGCUCAACAGCAGAGGGAACCAAACAGAGGAAAGAACCAGUGAGCUUGAAGUCUGGGUAUUAGAAAAUACAGCCAGAGGGGAAAAAGGAAGAAAAUAACUGAAAGGAAUAAAGACCACCAACAAGAUCUACAAAAGUUACUCAAAAGACCAAAUCUAAGAUCUACAAAAGUAACUCAAAAGACCAAAUCUAAGAAUUGUUGAUGUUCAACAGGGAGCUGAGGCCGAGCUUUUGGCUCAUUCCUGUAAUCCCAGCACUUUGGGAGGCAGAGGUGGGAGGAUUGCUUGAGGCUAGGAGUUCGAGACCAGCCUGGACAACAUAACAAGCCCUCAUCUCCACUAAAAAUUUAAAAAAUAUUAGCUGGCACACUGAUGUGCACCUGUAGUCCCAGCUACUCAGGAGGCUGAGACUGGAAGACGGCUUGAGCCUGAGAGAUGAAGACUGCAGUGAGCCAUGAUUGUGCCACUGUAUUUCAGCAUGCAUGACAGAGUGAGACCC